CAACGACCGAACUUUCCUUUUCUUGAAACAAAUAGUAAAGCAGUUAUAAUAUGGCGAGUUAUUUCGACGAUCUCAAUAUAAAGACAACGACCAACGAUCGUCGGCAACAACACUAUAAUGUCGAUCUAGACGAUUUUAUGGGCGCUUCCCCCUCGACAACAACGCGUCGAACCCAUGUCGAUGCUGCACAAAAUUUACAACAACUGAUGCAAACAGCGCAGUUCUUUGGUCAGUUUCGAGACCAAAUGCAGGCCACAGGUAAUCGAGAUCAGGAACAGUUUCUCGACGAUCUUGUUUCACAAUUACUGGAAGAGUCGCAAAGCAAUGCCAAAGGACCACCACCGGCUUCACAACGGUUUAUUCGACUUCUUCCGAAAAUUAAAGCUAGUCAACUGGACAGUGACGAAACCUGUAUUAUCUGUAAAGAUAAUUUAAAAGCAAGUGAAAGCGGCGUCACUCAAAUGCCUUGUGGUCAUUACUUUGAUCGGGAAUGUCUGGUGCCUUGGUUAGAACUACAUAAUACUUGUCCGCUAUGUCGAUUGGGAGUUGAAACAGAACAGGCAGUGAAAGAGGAAGAGGAAGAAGAAGCAAGAGAUUUUAUGUACAGCUAACUGAUAGAUAGUAAAGCUAGUAUUUAGAGGUAUAUGUUACUGGCGUUGUUGUUGUUGUCUUUGAUGGUUUUACGCCACAUGCUGAUAAUAUCCACCACUGCCUGAUUUUAUUUUAACCAUUUUAUUUUUCCGUUAUUAAUAUAUUAUGUUGCAACUAUCUUAUUCGCUGUAUAUGUUGCUCAAUUGCA